CUCCAAACAGGGGCAAACCUCUCCACAAAAAGUUCCAACUAAUAAAUCCUCAACCUGCUGCAACAAACCCAUUUUCACACCUGCAUCUCUUGGGGUCUUGUGGUCUUCCUUCCGAGGGGACCUAUUAACGUUUUUGCGAUCCGGUCCAUUAAUACUACUAGAUCCGAAGGCAGGAUCUCCACAGAGAGAUACAAGAUGAAACAAGAUGAGAAAAUAGGAGAAUGAAGGAAAGAGAAGACUGAAGACUUAAAAGAUAUCGUGAGAGCGAGAAAAUAAGAAAACGAUCAUCGCUAAGAGGCGGUCCAUCGUCGACUCUUUUCAGAAGCGAGCGGUACCACAUGCGUCCAAUCUCGAGCCUCUGAGGUGGAAGAGAGGAACCUAUACUGCCUAUAGAAUCUGAGAAUGUUGUGAGACUUCUGAGCUCUCGACGGCAAAUGCCAGAAGUGCCAGUUGCCCAGCAGCACUUGCCGCGGCUGGACACGUUUUGCGAUCGCCAGGAUCUGAAAAAGAGUGUUCCUUUCAAUGUUAUUUUCCGCCUUUGCGGCACUGCUCUUGAUCCCGAUGGUCCUGAUACUGAAUUUGUGAAUAGGAUCCCUCAAUGCGAUUCAGUCAAACUUUUUUUAUUCUUUCCCAUUAUAUAAAAUUUAAGUUUUGAUAAGAUAUCGCAAGAAAAACAUUGACGACCUGGAGGAGAAUGUCGCACGCGACAAAUCGGUUGUUGCUUCCGAAGAACGUGUGAGCGAAUGCAAAAGUCUGAAAAUCUCGUGAGUGAAUUGAUCAAGUGUCAGGGUGCACUUCCACCCCGGAAACACCCUGGAGGAGUACACCCUGGUGCGAUACGAGAAAGGGCCUCUUGAGGAUGCACACGAUGAUACUCCUACGCACCGCAAUCCUCCUGGUCUUCCUUCAUCAUCUUCGCGCCGUUUCGACCGAAUCCUCUACUUCCGCCAAGGAAGACUGUACAAAGAAAUUACAAGAGUGCACAAUGGGCAUCAGCGGAACAAUUGUACCUGUGUGUGCAAGCGACGGUGUCACUUAUCCAAAUCAAUGUGAAGUCGUUUCUAGGCAAUGCCAAGGAGCAUCUAUUCUCGUAAAACACACUGGACCCUGCCGUGAAGCGCCAUCGUGUUUCACAGCAAGAACAACCGAGCGUAAUGGUAAUCGUCUGAUUUGUCGACCUGAUGGUACGUAUGCACCGAUGCAGUGCCAUGAAGAAACGGGGUAUUGCUGGUGCGUAACUCCCCAAGGUCGACCGUUACGCGACAGUUGGGUGAAAAAUCGAAAACCAAAAUGUGCCAGGUCGGGUAACAACUAUUUAGCUUCCACGAGAAGCGGUCAAAGAAGGCGUUCUCCAAGCAGAAAGAAUCGUAGACAGUACAAUGGCAGGCAUCGAAACUCCUGCGACCGUUCGGAAAAAUCCAAGUUCAAUAGCAAUCUCAUUGAAAACUUCAAAAUAGAAUACCGUAGGACCAACAUUUCCUCGGAAGGAGACAAAAAUGUGGAGAGAGUUUUAUCCUGGAAAUUCGUGAUCUUGGACAAAGACGGCGAUGGUUUUCUGGAUAAAACAGAGUAUAAGGAAUUGAGAAGGUUAGCGAGGAAGGCAGUUCGUCCAAAAAAAUGUGCCCGGACAUUUGCCCGGAAUUGCGAUCUCAACAGGGAUUCGAAAUUAUCCCGUCAAGAAUGGGGAGCCUGUCUUGCCAACGAUUUUACUCUAUUGCGUGGAAAUCCUGCUCCAACGCAUUCUCGACCAGAAUUCAGAGAUGAUCCACCUGACGCGUCUGAUGAUAUCGAUGCAAAUGACUGCCUAUCGGACAGAAAAUCGGUGUUGGAGGAUUCUGAAGCAAAUUCCGAAGAGAAAUUCUACAUCCCCCAAUGCACGCCCGAUGGACGGUAUCAUAGGGUGCAGUGUUACUCAGGAUAUUGUUGGUGUGUUUACCAGGACACUGGAAAACCUAUUCCUGGCACCUCUUCCAAAGAUCGUGAACCAAACUGUACUCCAGUUCCCACACCGAGCAGACCAAUGAAUGGAUGCCCAGAAGCAAAGAAGGAAAUAUUCCUUCGAGACCUCAUGACAAUGUUACAUAGGAAAAUGAAAGCCUCGAAUUCCGAUUCGGAUGAAACUUUCUCCAAGUGGCAGGCUUCCAAGGAAGAAAGAGUUGCAACAUGGCAUUUUGUUAUGCUUGAUAAAAACAAGAAUAAGGUGCUAGAAAGAAAGGAGUGGAAAAACUUUCGCUCUAUGGUUUCCUACUAUCCAGACUUGAGGAGAUGUGGAAAGAAGUUUCCAAAAUAUUGCGACGUGAACAGUGAUAGAAAAAUUAAUAUGUCUGAGUGGCUCAAUUGCCUCAAUGCCCAACGAUUUACUGCAGGUUUUUCAGUUACGAGUACAGAAAAAACACCAACGUCAAAACCCAGAAGAAUGGGACCCAACCCACUCGAUCGGUUCCUGAACGACGAUGAUUAAAGUGUGAUAAAAAACGCGACACAAAGAACAAUGAGUGUUAACAUAGUUUUACAAACAUUUCGCGACCGAUGUAGUUUAACGUGCGCCCAGUGUUGUACGAGAUAAUUUUUAUUUUGACACAAGUCAAAAAUCAUUAUUUAUUUAAGAGCGAUAUCAGUGAAUAUGGAUAUUAUAUAUUAUUCUUUAUAUAGAUAGAAAAAGAAAGUAUAUUCGACUCCUUUCAUUCAAUUUUCCUAUCCAAAAUAAAGAAAAACUAGUUCCAAGAAUGGGGAAGCUCGAAUAAAAGACAUUCUUUUAUAAA